AUGGAUCCUAGUCAACUGUUUUAUGUUGGCAGAAGGUUUGACAGCUAUCAAUUCUGGCAUCGUGUAUUCAAGAAGUAUAAAAAUGAUAAUAAACUUGAAUUCAUAAUCGAUAACUCUCACCGGUUAAGAGCUGAUCGGGGUGUAGAUCAAUCAAUGAUUGAUAAAUUUGUAUAUCAUGAUGUAAAAUUUGACUGUAAAUUCGGUCGUAGUCGUGCAUCUCAAGCAACUGAGCGUGAAACCAACACUUAUAAAAUGGAAUGUCCGUGUUCAAUCUCUUUGGCGUUAAAAAACUCCAAGUACUUAGAAAUCACUAAAUUACAUUUGGAACAUGAAAAUCAUCAUAAAAAUACUGCACUCUUCUAUGAUAUUUACUCCGAGGAUAAUAAACUGACUCCAGAAGAAAAGCGUGCUGUUGAAGAGAUGUUAAGUGUAGAUGCUGACAAAAAACGAUUACAAAACUUGGUGAUGAAUAAAUAUAAUAAAACCCUUGACUUAAAAACAUUUCACAACAUGAAAAGCAAGUGUACGAACUCAUCAGCGAAUAAUUUACUCUCAAUAGUUGAACUACUAAGGACGACUUAUAAUGCAGAUGUUUAUGUUUACAACGAUACUGAAACAUCAACUUGUAAAGGUAUAUUUUAUUCGACACCAACGAUGAGAAGCGAUUUUCAAAGCUGGCCGGAGAUAGUUUUUCUAGACGGUACCUAUAAAUUAACAAACAACGGGAUGACUAUGAUGAUUUUUUUGGUUGAAGAUGGAAAUGGUCGAGGACAAGUGGUUGGAGUUGGCUUGUUGGCAACAGAAGAACUUGAUGUCAUGGAGUGGAUGGUCAAGACUUUUAAGGAAUCCAACAAAGAGUCUUGUAAAAAAAUACAUUGCUUUAUGACUGAUAAAGACCAGACUGAACGUAAUGCAAUUAAAAAAUUUUUUCCUGGCAUUCCCACCUAUAUUUGUAUUUUUCACUCUUUAAAAAUUUUCAAAAAAGAAAUUAAUAAACCUGACAAAAAUUUAACGAGUGAGGAAAGAAUCGAAGUUGCUAAGAUUAUAGAACAACUUGUGUAUGCUUCUUCUAAAAAGAAUUAUGAUGACUUGUAUCUUCAAUUGAAUCUUGCUGCUUCUCCAGAAUUCAUCGAUUAUUAUAAUUUAAACUGGCAUAACAUAAAAAAUGAGUGGACCGUCUACAAUAUAGCAAUCAAUAGUCUCGGAAAUAAGACUAAUAACAGAUUAGAGUCAAUUAAUGCUAAGAUAAAACAAGUAUGCAAAAAGAACUCACCUCUAAGCAUAACCAUCAAGGAUUUUUUUGAAUGGUAUAGCAGUCACAAAACUCAAAGCAGAUUAAGAACUGCAAAACAAUUUUUAAAAAGACCAAACCGUACUGUUGAGGACAGUGCAAGGCAACAGUACAUAAAUAAGUUGUCGAAAUAUGCUUGUAAUAAAGUUUUCUUAGAAAUGAAAUCUAGUGAAAAUAUUAAUUGUCCAGAAAUCGAUAAGCUGACAGACACGUGUAAAUUUGGUAAUUUUGAAACAUCAGUAAGAACAUGCCAGUGUCCAUUUUAUAUAUCCAUGCAUUUACCUUGUAAGCAUAUAUUUGCAAUAGGACACGCUUUAAAUCUAAGAUUGUAUGAUGAAUGUUUUGUACAGAAUCAACGUUGGAUUAAAGAGAAAUUAGUUUCGCAAAUAUUUACAACUGAGAACACAUUAGACACAAUACAAUCUCCCAUUUCGGUUACAAAAAAAAUAAAAACAAAACCUCCAUCAGUAAAUGAAAAAAGAAAAAUUGUAAAUACAAAAGCUUCAAAACUUGUUGAUAUUAUUAGUAUCUCAUGUGGCGUGGAUUUCGAAGCAAAUAUUGCUGUUCUCGAUGACUUAAUUAAAAAAUUGUCAAAUGGAUUGAGAGUUAAGGUCAUAGAAGAAGAUGCCAUUAAUGAUUUAGAAAAUAGUUUUAAAGAAUUAUCAAUUUAUGAAAAAGAAGAUAAUGAGAGUGAAAUAUUUAUUCAAGACGAGAAAACGGAAGAUUUGAGACAAAUAAAAACUCCAGCUAAAAUUAUAGUAAAAGGACGUCCGAGUGGAUUUUUAGAUACAACAGUGCGCUUUAAGAAGAAAGUUUAA